AUGUCUGCAAAUGCUACUGUUAUUUUUUUAUUUGUAAUUAUUUUAAUAAGUGCCGAGGAUAUUUACGAAAUGUUUGAAAAUGAAGAUAAACAAUCAAUGACAGAAACUGAACAGAAUCACGAUCCUCAAAUUAAGCGAAAAUCUAGCGAAUUAUGGAAUGUAACGAGUAAACAUUUCGAUAAGUGGUUACAAAUGCAUAAUGGUACCUGUGAUUCUCUUCAAUAUAAAAUGCCAGAUUUUCGAGGAGAUGCAAGACGCAUAAGUGAAGUCAAAUGCCUGGAAUACGUUUGGCAAAUACGGUACGAGGUGGAAAAAUAUAAAAGAGACUUCAUGUGCAAUAAACAGGAUCAAGAAAAUAUCGUGGUUGGUGGUGAUGAUGCACAGGCUGGAGAAUUUCCUCACAUGUGUGCUAUAGGCUGGCAAGCUGCUGCAUCCUCCAAAUGGUUAUUUAAAUGUGGAGGAGUAUUAAUCAGUAAUAAAUACGUUCUUACUGCCGCGCACUGCUCCAGAGUAUCCCGGACUGACAUAAGCGUUUCAGAGCAAUCACCGAAAAUUGUUAGAUUUGGAGCAUUAAAUGAAUUAGAGAGGAUUAGAUAUGGAAUACCAUCAAAAGAUGUUAAAAUAUCCAAAGUCAUUGUUCAUGAAAAAUACAACUCACCUAAGACAUAUUAUGACAUCGCUUUAAUAGAAUUGGAUGAUGAAGCGACACUUGCUGGAUGGGGCGUUGUUGACCCUGCCACAGGUGAAACGUCAGAUAUAUUGCAAGUAGCUGCUCUUGACAUGCUGCCGUCCCAACAAUGCAACGACACGUUAAAGACAAGACGUAAUAGAAACUGGAAAAAUGGACUUGCUUCACACCAGAUCUGUGCCGGACACUUAUUAGGAGGCAUAGACGCUUGUCAGGGUGACUCCGGGGGCCCGUUGCAAAUCAAAAUUGACACGCCUUUGGAUGCAAGACUGAAUUGGAGAAUCUAUUAUAUUGUUGGUAUCACUUCAUUUGGCCACGGAUGCGCACAUCCUAACACACCGAGCGUAUUUUCCAGAGUUUCCCACUUCACAGAGUGGAUAGAAAACAUUGUUUGGAGCACAACA